AGAGAGAGAGAGAGUCUACUAGCUUCCUCCUGCUAAGACCCCUGGGCGAGUCCGCAGAGGGCUCCACAGCAUGUGGGAACUCCGGUCAAUAGCCUUUUCCAGGGCUGUGUUUGCAGAGUUCCUGGCCACACUUAUCUUUGUCUUCUUUGGCCUUGGCUCAGCCCUCAACUGGCAACAAAGCCUGCCCUCUGUGCUGCAGAUUGCCAUGGCCUUUGGCCUGGCUAUCGGGACCUUGGUGCAGGCUCUGGGUCACAUCAGUGGGGCCCACAUCAACCCCGCGGUGACUGUGGCCUGCUUGGUGGGCUGCCACGUCUCCUUUCUCCGAGCUGCCUUCUACGUGGCUGCCCAGCUGCUGGGGGCUGUGGCAGGAGCUGCGCUGCUCCAUGAAGUCACACCCUCAGACGUCCGAGGGGACCUGGCCAUCAAUGCACUGAGCAACAACACGACAGCUGGCCAGGCCGUGACCGUGGAGCUCUUCCUGACCCUGCAGCUGGUGCUCUGCAUCUUUGCCUCCACCGACGAGCGGCGUGGAGACAACCUGGGCACCCCUGCCCUCUCCAUCGGUUUCUCUGUGGCUCUGGGCCACCUCCUCGGGAUCCACUACACUGGCUGCUCCAUGAAUCCCGCCCGAUCCCUGGGUCCUGCCGUCGUCACGGGAAAGUUUGAUGACCACUGGGUCUUCUGGAUCGGACCCCUGGUCGGCGCCAUCCUGGGCUCCCUCCUCUACAACUACGUGCUGUUCCCGCCCGCCAAGAGCCUGUCGGAGCGCCUGGCGGUGCUGAAGGGCCUGGAGCCCGACGUCGACUGGGAGGAGCGCGAGGCGCGGCGGCGCCAGUCGGUGGAGCUGCACUCGCCGCAGAGCCUGCCCCGGGCCAGCAAGGCCUGAG